UUCCCAUAUAGCCCGAGAUCUACCUGUCACAAGUUAGCAAUAUUUGCCACAAAAUAUAGAAGUACAAAACAAAAAGGUGAAUCAAUUGUGGCUAUUAUGGGCUAGACAUGCUGCAAAAAACUCCAAGAGCUCAUACAGAUGUGUAUCUUAUCAUUUAAAGAGAUUAAAUCAAUGAAUGACAAGAAAAGGAGGGAUCCAAUUUGUGGGUUAUAAAUAUAACUGAAACAAAGCCAUGUGUUAUAGUUACAAGACAACUGGAAAUUGAUUUAUGUCUUCUGCUACAAAACACCAUUUGAUAAAUCUCACUUUCUACACCUUCUUUCAACUUUUCUUUCUUUCUUUCCUUCUUUCAAACAAAUCAACAUCACCUUUUUUAGCUCUUUCCCUCAUUUCCUCUGUUACACAAACUUAUAAGAAAGAAGCACAUUGAUCAGGAAUGAUCAAUACUAGUAGAUAUAAAAAGUUAAUGUCUCAGGGUCAGCUUCUAGUUUUCCCUAUAAAAGGAUCCACAUUCUGUGGUUUCAUUCAGAGCACACAAGUCCUUGUAUUUUCUGCAGCCCCUUUAUAACAAAAGGCUUUGUAGUACUCAUAUAUAGUCAGAAACCAUAAACCAUUUUGAGAAACAACCCUGAGAUUAUAACUUCUUGAUUAUUUCGAAUAUGUCGAAGGAGGGGAAGAUGGGGUGGAGCAUUUCUCCUGAUGUUGUCAACUAUAAAGGGAUGCCUGCUGACAAAAGUCAAACUGGUGGUUGGGUUCCUGCUGCACUUAUCUUAGGAAUUGAAGUUGUUGAGAGGCUUUCAACUCUGGGAAUAUCAGUGAACCUGGUAACUUACUUGGGUGCAACCAUGCAUCUCCCAAGUGCAGCUUCAGCCAACAUUGUGACAGAUUACUUGGGAACUUCAUUUAUGCUUUGUCUGCUUGGGGGAUUUCUUGCUGAUGCAUUUCUUGGCAGAUACAAAACCAUUGCUGUUUUCACCAUAAUUCAGAUCAUUGGAACCGGCGUGUUGGCGAUAACAACAAAACUUCCUGAGCUGCGACCGCCUCCCUGUGGUGCUAAUGGUGACUGUAAACCAGCCAAUGGGUUUCAAAUGGGAAUUCUUUACAUUGCUUUGUACCUUAUAGCAUUAGGCACUGGAGGGCUAAAAUCAAGUGUUUCAGGAUUUGGAACUGAUCAAUUUGAUGAAAAAGAUGAAAGGGAGAAUGCACAGAUGAAGUAUUUCUUCGGCAGGUUCUUUUUCUUCAUCAGCCUUGGAACACUGACAGGAGUUACUGUCCUUGUGUACCUUGAAGAUCAUGUGAGCCGAAGCUUGGCUUAUGGGAUUUGUACUGUGUCAAUGACAAUUGCUGUGAUGAUCUUCUUUUCGGGGACGAAGAAAUACAGGUACAAGAAAAGCAUGGGAAGCCCCAUAGUUCAGAUUUUCCAGGUCAUUGCUGCUGCUAUUAGGAAGAGAAAGCUGGAUGUUCCUAAUGAUAUUGGCUUAUUAUAUGAGACUACACUUGAACCGGCUAGAAUCCCUCACACUGAUCAGUUCCAUUUCUUGGACAAGGCUGCAAUUGUGGAAAAAGAAGAUUUCGGGAGCAAAGUUCUUCAAGAUCCAAAUCCUUGGAAGCUAUGCACAGUCACAAGGGUUGAAGAAGUGAAAAUGAUGGCAAAAUUACUUCCAAUUUGGGCUACAACAAUCAUUUUCUGGACUGCUUAUGCACAGAUGAUAACUUUUUCGGUUCAGCAAGCUUCUACCAUGAACAGAACCGUUGGCAACUUCUUAAUACCCGCAGGAUCCCUCGCUGUCUUCUUUGUUUUAGCCAUUUUGAUCACCUUGGGAAUUUAUGACCGUCUGAUCAUGCCACUGUGGAAGAAAUGGAAAGGAAAACCAGGCUUCAGCAACCUUCAGCAAAUGGGAAUUGGUCUUGUAUUGUCCACAUUCGGGAUGGCUACUGCUGCAUUAGUCGAGAUGAAAAGAUUGUCGGUAGCAAAAUCUGCAGGGCGCAAUAUCUCUACUCUGCCCAUAAGUGUGUUCUACUUGAUCCCCCAAUUCUUCUUGGUUGGUUCAGCAGAAGCAUUCAUAUACACAGGACAACUGGAUUUCUUCAUAACAAAUGCACCAAAAGGGAUGAAAUCAAUGAGCACCGGUCUCUUCUUGACCACAAUAUCGCUCGGUUUCUUCUUCAGUAGCCUUCUCGUCUCCAUUGUCAAAAACGUGACAGGAACCAGCGAUGGUCAAGGAUGGCUCGCGGACAAUAUAAACUAUGGAAGGCUUGAUCUUUUCUAUGCACUUCUCGCCAUCCUCGGAGUCAUAAACUUCGCUUUGUACAUGAUUUGUGCAGUUUUCUUUAAGUCCAACAAACCCAUAGAAACAGAUCCCGCAGUGACUGAUGCCACAGCUGAGGAGAAAUGCUAG